CCCAUCCUGUACUGUUGUGAUUGACAGAGAGGAGUCAUGAUGAGGAAGUUUCGGUUUGCUUUUCACUAUCAAAAAAUGUUUGACUAAUUCACCAACAAUGUCUGAAAUACUAAUGAAGGAAAUGGAAAGCAUAUCGAUCAGUCAGGUGAAGUUAGAGGAGUGUACAGACCGCGUCCGCAGCUUUCUACUGAUGGACGAACAGGAAAGCCUGCAGAUCCAUGAUGAGACAGAGUUUGUGGAGAGACUGGGCUGUGGGGACAUAGCAGGUGUCAAGGUCCUCUCCAUCUUUGGCAACACUGGCGAUGGCAAAUCACACACGCUAAACCACAUCUUGUUUGGUGGCGAGAGUGUGUUUUACACCUCUAAGUCGCCCAGCUCUUGUACGGUAGGGGUGUGGGCCGCCUACGAUGAUGCACUUGGCCUGGUUGCCCUAGAUACUGAAGGUCUGCUUGGGGCUGCAGCCAAUCAGAACCAGAGAAUGCGUCUGUUACUAAAGGUGUUGGCAGUCUCAGAUAUAGUGGUGUACCGUACGCGGGCUGAGCGCCUUCACAAUGACAUGUUCCACUUCCUGAGCAGCGCAUCAAGUGCCUAUCUAAAACACUUCACACCAGAGCUGAGGGCCCUUUCCAGCCGCUGUGGUUUGGACGUACCCAUCUCCUCUCUUGGGCCUGCUGUCAUCAUCUUCCAAGAGACCACACACACCCAGCUGCUGGGCUAUGACUCUAAAGUCAGCUGCCAUGCUGACACACUGCUGCAGAAACGAUUUCAUGAUUUGGGCUUAGGGACGGAGGCCUUCAGCUCUGUGCAGUAUGUGGGCACCCAAACUGUCACCCCUCCCACUGACUACAGCAGGUUGCUGGAUGCUGUGAGGCAGCAAGUGAGGAACACUCACACACGCUCCCCCCGCCAGCCUGGCAUAGUGUUUAGUGCUCUGGAAGCCCUGAGUGAGCGUUUUUGUGGGCAGCUGUCAGACAACAAUAUGACUCUGUACUCCUUUUUUCCUGAUGAGUACUUUACAUGCUCUGCUGUUUGCCUCAGCUGCAAUGUUCGCUGUAAAAAUGGAAUGAACCAUCUGAGAGACAGAGUGCCCCAUAUGGCAGAUGGACUCUGUCAGUAUGCACAUCAGUACAACAACAAGGUUCUCAUUUGUAAGAGGUGCUAUGAAGGAGGCAGGGAGGUAAUUGUUGUGCCCAAGACAUCAGCUUCUUCUGAUAACCAGUGGUUGGGACUGGCCAAGUAUGCCUGGUCAGGCUAUGUACUUGAGUGUGCUAGCUGUGGUGUAAUCUACCGCAGCAGACAGUACUGGAUGGGAAACCAAGAUCCAGAGAGCAGCGUGGUACGAUCUGAGGUCAAGCAUGUCUGGGAAGGGUCGGACACCUUCUUGACCACUCACCAGAAUGCUGCCCAGAGGGUCCUGGAUGGAAUGAACUAUGUAAUCCAGUCAGUGUCGGACUACAGCAGUGCCCCUACAAAAGCUGUCACCGCGUGGCUGACUGACCAGGUGGCGCCACCCUACUGGCGACCAAACACAGAGAUCAUUGCUUGCCACGGCUGUCAGAAGGUGUUUGAAGAGGCGGAGAGGAAGCACCACUGCCGGUCAUGUGGAGAGGGGUUCUGCCAGCCCUGCUCCAGCCACAGGAUGCCAGUACCAGAGCGAGGUUGGGGCAGCGGACCUGUCCGGGUGUGUAAGGCCUGCUACCGCCAAGGAGGGCCACCCGACACCAACAGUGAAGUGUGUAAGGCGGAGCCACGUAUAAUAGCUCGCCGGGUGACAGAAGUGGCCCAGUCCACACUGGACAUGGUCAGCACAGCGGUAGAUUACCCUCUCUGUUUUGUGAAGGAUGUGGCUCGGCCAGACUACUGGGUGCCGGACCAGGAUAUCACCCAGUGCCACCAGUGCUCCAAAGCCUUCAGUCCCGUUAUGUCCAAGCACCACUGCCGGGCCUGUGGACAGGGGGUGUGUGGCUCCUGCUCCACACAUUUUAGGCCUGUACCCUCCCGGGGUUGGGACCACCCAGUCAGAGUGUGCGACAGCUGCCACGCCCGCACCGAUACCUUGUGACCCCUCAGCCUAACAAUGUGGGUGAGCCACAAAAACUAGAGUCCUGGAACCGUUGCUGAGUGACCACACGUUGUACUGAAUGGCAGAACAAGGGCAGGAGACGCGCCUCGGAUACUUAAAACAGCUACAAUAUUAUCCCUCAUUUUUUUUUCACCUCUAUUUGUCAUCUUUUUUGUCCAUCUGAUCCUGAAUCAGUUAUGAGGUAAAAUGGAAUACAUUACACUGAAUGAGCACUUUUACAUCAGCGCCGCUGAAUUUCUCAAACUGGACAGAUGGAUCACAGACUUGUGCUCGUAAGGGAAUCAUGGACAUUUUUAAACUAAAUCACUUUCUUCAUGAGCUUCUGCUCAUCUGAACUGGACUGUUUCUUCUUCAUGUCUGCCGUGUUCUGCAGCAGAGGCUGUGUCCACCAUUAAAACAAGAAAAUGGGCAACUGGUUCUGCUUAUCAGCAUGACUGGUUCAGACCGUCUGGUAACCACGCCCAACCGUGCACACUCAUACGUUGAGGAAAAGCCUUAGAUGAUGUGUGCGUGAGGGUUGCCUCCCCUUUUAAUACACCUCCAAAUCUUUUCCUGAGACCUCUUCCUGCAGGGCCACUGAAGGGCUUUUGACUUUGACUUGCUGGCAAGUGAUUGUGAAAACUGUAUGUACAAAGUGGGAAAACCACAACUAACACAACUCAGACUUUGGCAAAAUAUAGAUUUAUACCUGUCAGCAGCACUCAGGGCUAAAAGCGAUGCAAAGUGCAGACGCAUGACUGCAGCAAUGUUUGCCUUGAUGGGAAUGCUCAUCCCCACCUCUGUGGUUUGUAAGGUUUGCUUGCUUUUACCAAUCAACCCUCAUGUGUAAUCAUGAAGUGAUGGGAUGAUGUGCCUGAUUACACAACAUUAUAUCUCUCAGCCUCGUUCUUUAGUGAAAAUAUGUUGUGGAAUAAAGUAGACAUUCCAGUGUACA